AUGGACAGCUCAAGAGACAGCGCUGGAGGGCGCAUAUUUGGUGAGAGGCUGGCGGAGAAGAUACCCGCCCCUAUACCAGAGACAUCGGUGCUGCCAACCCAUUUGAGCAUCGAUACCGACUCUACUGUUCGCAGUAGUUCUUCAGAUCCAGCGCUUCCGCGGAUAGAGGAGAGUCAGGCAGCGGAUGGGACCGCGUACACCCAACGCUCGACCUUGCGAUCUCUACCUGCUUGGAUUCGGUCGGUUGAGGAGAUUGAAGAGGACGGACAUGAAGCCUCGGCAAGCGAUCAUUUACUUCCUUCCCAGCCAGGCGACGCGUUCGUCGCUCAGCACAACCACUCGCCGUACACACCAUCUAAGCCGCAACCUUCUUCCUCGAUUAUCAACGGCUUAUUUGACGACGAAGACGACGACACCCCACCGGUCAAUCGUGAAUCGCGCUGGGUAACGUUCUCACGGACCAUCCAAUACCCUCGAGAGGCUGGCAGAGAGGAACAACAUGUCACGCCGGAAUGGAUGAACGAGAACCACGGUGAUUACUUGCAACCGUGGCGAGGAAAGCAUUUGGAGGGCGAUAGUCCGGAGUAUCCACUACACAGCGGAGGGCGAAGGGAGAUCUGGUUCAAGCGCUUCCAGAACACACUUCUCCGGAGCCCAAUGAUACCCAUGAUUCUUCGGAUGACUGUCUGGUGCUUCUCGCUCUCUGCGCUAGCUCUAGGUGGAUCGAUCCAGCACAUGGCCAAAGGAAGGAGUCAUCAUCAAGGCCCAUCUGCAUUGAUGGCAAUCAUUGUUGAUGCAGUCGCCCUGGUUUACCUCAUAUAUAUCACAUGGGACGAGUACACAUCAAAGCCUCUGGGUUUACGUUCUCCCUCGGCUAAAGCACGUCUUAUUCUCCUCGAUAUCUUUUUCAUCGUCUUUGAUUCCGCCAAUCUUAGCUUGGCCUUUGCUUCACUCUCCGAAGUAACAGGAUCCUGCACCGAAGCGGAAGUCAACCAAACGAUCGAUCCUCGUGAUGAUGGUAUUUGUGUGAGACAAAAGGCACUUGCUUCUGUAUUGCUAGUUGCGCUCCUGGCUUGGCUCACAACGUUCUCGAUUAGUGUGCUCAGACUUGUUGAAAGAGUAACACAGUGA